AUGGAAUCCUCGCAACCAAAUUGGCCAAGCCAACAGACUGCUUCACUCUUUGAUCCCUGCAUGGCUGAUACAAACCAAAUUCUAUCCAUUGACCCUCUCUUUGACUAUGAGGAACUCGUCAAUGUUGUUCAGCGACAUACAAAAUGUUCUGCCCACACUUGGUUAAAAAAAAAAGGCUGCUCAACCCUCCAUUGUUGCUACAAAGCACCUUGGCCCGAGCAAGAUUUUUCAACACUAAUUGUUGAUGCUGCCAACAACCCAUCAUAUGAACCAACAAGAAAUGACAAUCGUUUGAACAUUCACAGUCCAAUCAUGCUUGCAAUAUGGCGUUCAAAUAUUGAUUGCCAACCCGUUUGUUCCAAAAUGGCUGUCAUACAAUAUAUCUCUAAAUAUGCUGCAAAAACAAAACAAAAGUCAGUAGGUUAUGUUGACAUCCUAAAGAAAAUAGUUGCUACAACUAAUACGCAAGAUACCAUCUUGCUCACAUACCAAAAAUUCAUGAUGGGGAUAGUUGCUGAUCGUGACAUCAGCGCACAAGAAACUUGCCAUAUGUUGCAAAAACUCCCAUUGAUAAGUUGUAGCCGACAUUUUGUCUCCCUUAAUGUCAGCAGAAAGGCCCUCCAUCGAAUUGCUGAACAAAAUGACAAUGCCGAACUUUCCAAAUCUUAUAUUUCUACUUAUAUGGAAAGAUCUAUUGAAUUGGAAAGCAUCUCGCUGAUACAAUCAACACAACAAUUUUCAUACAACACCCAACAGAAAAAGCAUCAAUGGCAAAAACUCCAAAAACAAGCAAUUGUCAAUGUUUACCCGCAUUUUAAAACCUCUCCACCUGAGGUUGAUGACAACUUUGAAGCCUACUGUUGGAGUGAGCUUCUCUUGUACAAACCAUUUCGCAAUAUUCCAACAGAUAUACGUACAUCACCUGCUCAAAUCAUUGCAAAUUGGAAGCUAUUGUGCAUACAUGGUUACACACGUUGGCAUAUUUAUGGAAUAGAACAUGAAUGCAAAACUGAAAAUGACAUCGACUCUAAUGGUGAUACUUUCUUAUAUUCACACAAUGAAGACCAAUAUGAAUGGGAAUACCUUUCCCAAAUGGGUGCUUCAAACAAAAUCAAUGUAAAUGAUCUCCAGAUGCUGGGUAGACGCGAUUACGAUAUUAACUUUGAUUGGCAUGCCCCUUAUCCCACUGAUCCACUUCAUCAUACUGUUGUUACCUUCAUUUCCACUAAUAAAAUAAAUUGCCAACCUAGCAUUCUCGAGCCAACUUCUCCUCCCACUACUUCGUUCCCCUUAGCAUCAAAACAAAAAAUUGCACUUGAACUCAUUCUUGCCCAUUAG